AGAAGGAAGUUUGGUUGUUGCUAUAGCAACCCCAUGUUAGCAAACAUGGCUGACAAAUUAUGAAGUCAUCGCACCAGUUUAUAAAUGAAUUAAUCUAAGCUACGAAUAUAUCUCUUUCUCACUAACACCUCUGUAACAUUUCGCAUGAUCCAUUUAGCUACAGUAGACGUGUCAGCUAUGGAAGAGGAGCCGGAGACCAGAGGAAAGCUACGGGCUGACCCUUCUGUGAACACUCACAGACCCGCGUGUGGAAAAUCCCAGAAUAUUUCUCGUGUACUAGCAAGCAUCUUUAAGCAUCUUUACACAAACGACAUAAUUAGAAAAGACACUGGGUCCAACCUAGUUCAAACAAAACCUCUACGAGGCAGCUAUCAUGACAGAUACGUUGAAGAACUCCAACAGGUUCAUUCGGAGUAUGAACAGCGUAUUAAGCAGGCGGACAUGCUGGAGAGUCACAUGAUUCAGGCCAGUGCAUGUGCUGCAGCCAAAGAAACCCAGGCCUAUGAGAGAAUGAGGGGGACAGCAGGAGAUGUCUGUGAUCACCAGGGACUGCUUACAGUCAAAUCAGCCUUUUCCUGGUGUGUGGAUGAAGAUCUUCUUGAAAUGAAUAAUCUGAUUUCCCCAAAGGAUUACUUGGCUACACAAAAACCACAUGUACGAGCACCAGCAGCAGAAAAGUGGAAUCCUGCCAAACCGACCAUUGCCUUCAACAUGCAUGUGUCCCGAGAGCCUCAGGAUGAUGGUUACACAGUCGUGCGCAGCCCAGAAAAGACGGGCUUUGUAGACAUCCAGUUAGACCCCAGUGUGACCUUUGAGUCCUGCUCAGAAACCCCAAGGAGGAAGGAAACUCAAAGGGAGACCAAGCCUAAGCCAAAGUGGAAGGGUGAGCCAAGUGUGAAGGAUCGAGCGGAGGGCUGGGAGAAACUUCAGAAGCUGAAAGAUCGACAGAGCUUCCUUCGCAAUCCACGCUUCCUUCCCCUAAAUUCACAGCAGGGCGGCAUGUCCCUCAUCAGGCCGAGAACUAAAGUGAAGGCAGAGCCCGAGAGCAAAGGCGCUAAAAAGAAAAGCCCCGCCAAGGAGCCGAUUCCAGUCUUCCUAGCGAAACCUUCAGUGGUGGUUUUCACUGACUAUAGUGUGGGAAACAUCUAUGAGACUACACUGGAGCUUAAAAAUGUGACUUCUUCAAGCCGCCACAUCCGAGUGAUCCCUCCUACCACUCCUUACUUCUCUAUUGGCUUGGGGAGAUUCCCUGGUGAAGGGGGCGUUGUUGCCCCGGGGAUGAGCUGUAAGUACACGCUGCGUUUUGCUCCAGACUCCCUGGGAGACUACAAGGACUUUAUAGUGGUGGAGACCCAGGCGGAGGGCCCAUUUGUGGUACCGAUUGAGGCUUGGAGACCUCCUCCUAUUCUCACCUUACCAAGAGUCCUGGACUGUGGUUACUGUCUCAUUGGAGGAGUCAAGUUUGUUGAGUUUCUGUGCCAAAAUGUGGGCCUCAGCACUGGGACCUUUUGCUUUAUUCCCAAGGACGAGUGGCCAGCUUCAAAUUUUAGGUCUUUGGCCAGAACGUACUUUUCUGAGCAGCCACCCUUUGCUGUCAGCCCCUCCCUUUUUGUACUGCAGCCAGGAGAGGCCACUGUUGUUGAGGUGGUUUUCUUUCCAACCACCACUGAGAAGAGCUGCCAGGUUUUCACUGUUGUCUGUGACAACUGCCAGGUGAAAGACAUUUCCAUUGAAGGUGAGGGCCAGCUGAUUGCACUGGAGCUGGUGUCUGUGUCUGGGGGGGAGGAGCCUCCUGUGGUUGGAGAGGUGCGUGACCUCACUGCAGAGCACUUUAUCCGUUUCAGCCCGUGCAACCCUCACUCUGUGCAACAGAAGAAGCUUGUCAUCAGAAACAAUGUCCACUUGGAGCUUCCUUUUCACUGGCAGAUCAUGAAGCCCAACCUGCAUCCUCUGCUUCCAGGGGAAAGCCCUGAUGCCUCACAUAUCCAGUUCCACUUGGCCACAGACGAGGUUUUCCAUGUCAGCCCCUCAACAGGCAUCCUGGCUCCCUGCCAGGACCAAGAGUAUCUGCUCAUCUUUUGCCCUAAAGAGUUGAAGGAUUACCACAGUGUCUGCCACUUAGUCCUGAGAGACAUCCCCCAGCUGCCACCAGAGCCUUCUGACAGCAGCGUCCUUCAGCCCGUGCAGCCUGGCUCCAAGGUAACAAGCGUCAUCAUCAUGGAGAUAGAGGUCAAGGGGUCAACGGAGCCUUAUCAGAUCUUGCUGGAGCCUUACGCCAUUGUGAUCCCUGGAGAGAUUUUUAUUUGCACACCCACUUCAAGGCAGUUCAAGAUGUGGAACCACAGCAAAACCUUCAUCUGUUUUCAAUGGGAGAGAAUUAACGGCAGCUGUCAUGUAAUAGAAGUGGAGCCAUCUUCUGGCAGAAUAGAGGAGAAUGAAUGUUUUGACUUCAGUCUUAUUGUGACUGGAGGGAAAGCAGAGAAGAUCGUGACCACUUUGGUUUGCCACAUACAGCACCACCAUGAGCCGGUCACUCUGGCUGUAGAAGUCUCCUUCAAAGGCCCCACAGUGACUCUCAAUGUGCCCAGCAUUGACUUUGGACCCAUAAGACCCAGAGAGCAGACUCAGACCACCCUGCUCCUUACCAAUACCACCCAGCUGGAAGCCUCCUGGACCCUGGAGAGCAAGCAUCAAGACUCACAGAUCUCAGUUGAACCCAGCAGGGGUCUCUUGCCUCCCUUGGCCUCUUGCAAUGUGGAUGUGCUCUUUAAGCCACAUUCCUGCCAGCUGUUUGAAACUGAGCUGGAACUGACUGUGGAAAAUGGGACAGGAUGUCACCUGUCAGUGCGAGCAGAUGUGCAGUCGUCCCACGUCUGUCUUCUGAACUGCACGCUGUCCUUCCCUGAACUUUAUGUUGGAGCUUCUGCCACAGGCACCGUAACUCUUUUCAAUCAGACCCUGCUGCCAUCACAGUUCACUUGGAUGGCCCAUCUCCAGGGUAAACAAGCUUCACUGUGUUCAGCCACCUUUGACCCCUCCUCUGGUACUCUGGGACCUAAUGUCAGCAUGGAGAUCACAGUGACUUUUACUGCUCACACAGACCUCGAGCUGACCGAGGUUGCCGCUGUCUGUGAAGUCCAGGGAAUGAACUCCCCUCUUGUUCUUGGAAUUGUGGCCAAACCCAAGAAACUCAGUGUGUCUUACAGUGUGCCCGGUGUCUGUCCAAAUGGUCAGAGCCCUUCAACACCAGUACUUGACUUUGGAGAUGGUGUCAUUUUGAAGAGAGCUGUUAGCAAGCAGUUACUGAUAACCAAUCAAACUGCUAUCCCGGCUCCUUUUACCGUAGAGGCAGAAUAUUUCACCUGCCAUGCCUUGAAGCCAAAUAAGCAGCCAGAGAAAAGAUUUGCAUAUGUCACGAAUCCGCUCCACUCUGUUCAAGCUAAGAAAGCAGAGGAAAAAGCACACGAGGAGUUUGUGAGUAGCCUGCUGGCUCACGGAAAAGGUGCCGCUUUUUUUGUCACGCCAAACACGGGGACACUCGGAGCUUUUGAGAGUCGGGCUGUGGACGUGACUGCCUAUACUGACAUAUGGGGGGAGUACAGAGACCACCUCAUAUGCAAAGUGGGGGAUCUCAAGCCUGUGCUUAUUCCCAUCCAUAUGACAGUGAAAGGCUGCCCCCUCUACUUCCAGAUGACAGGCCCACGAGCACAGGACCAGAACCAGGGACCAAUCAUACAGUUUGGCACUCAUGUAUCGGGUGGUGACACCGUUUCUCGUUCUCUUCGCAUCAACAAUCCCACCAUGUUUGAUAUUCGUUUGGACUGGGAGACUUACAACGUAGAUCAGAAUGACUGUAAACUGCUGGACCUUGUGGUGGCGUUUGGAGACGCUUUCCCCCUUAAAGAUGCUGAUGGCAACGAGGUGCUGAGCAGUGCGCUGAGGCUUUCUAGCCUCAAUGAAACAGCAUGGGAAAAAACACGCACCACAGAUUCUGAGGGAACAAGUGCUUCGCUCCAAAGCUCGACUGAUGUGGAAGAGGAAGAAUAUACGUCUGAAGAUGAGCUUGGGGAAGAAGAGGAGACUUGUCUUUAUCCCUCUCUUGGAAAGAAAAAACUCAUAUCUGUCCACAUCAGGCCUCACAUGGGCAACCUCUCAGAUUACCCCUUCUGCAUCACACCGCAACAAAUAGUGAUUCCAGCAAAGAGCAGCAGAGCCAUCCAUGUGUCUUUUACUCCUUUGACCCUUUCCGGGGCUGCUCGUGAGUCCAGAUGUGUCGGCUUGGCUCUGGGUUUCAUGAGCUUAGACUCCGAGCUGGCUGCUUGUGUUCCUGGUAAAGUUGGGAGGGCUCAGGGUUUGGAUUUAGAGCCUGUCAGAGUGGAUCUACUAGCAGCCGUUCAGACUGCAGCGCUUUUAGUGCAGCUGGAGGAGGACGACGGGGUGCUGGAGUUUCGUGCUUCGGCCGGUGAUUUACUGAUGGCAAACUCAGACAACGAGAUAGUAGUGCGUGAAUUUGACAUCACACAAAGCUUCCAGCUGAAAAACACUUCAGAGAUGCCCCUGCACUUCAGCCUGGGGACUCAGCCUCCUUUUUCAGUGGUCAAACCAAAACCCAGAGGCCCGACCAGCACCUCCAGGAAUCCUCCGUCUGCCGACAGUCAGUCUUUAGUGCUUAAGCCUCAACACAGCAUGCGGGUGAAAGUGGCCUUCCACUGUUCCCUGCCUCUUCUGGACCAAGUGGAACAGACAGAUGAGGAAAUCCCUUCUGGGGUGAUGCUGAUCCACGGCGCAAACGGGCAGAUGAAGCUGAGGUUCGAGCAGAACCUCCUGAUUCACUACAGCAACAACACCCUGCAGACGGUGCCACUCUGCGCCCAUCUGGAUCUUCCAGCACUGCGUUUAUCUGCUGUCAGCGUCGACUUUGGGCUCUGCUAUGUGGGCCAGACACAAACCAGAGAAGUAAAUGUGUACAGCUGUGGAGCCCACAUGUACUGGAAAUCAAUUACAAAGUCAGUUGAAGGGGACUCCCAUGUGUUCAGAGUAACACCUGACUUUGGACUGCUCGGGUCCAAGGAGCACCGCGUCACCAGCAGCAGCCAGUGUCUUCAGAUCAGCUUCACUCCCGGUGAUGACAGAGAGUUCAGCGCUCUCCUGGUUAUCCACUCUCCUCUCGUAAAGACGUCUGUCACGCUGCAGCUCCGGGGAACAGGAUCCUUUGAUGAAAUGUACAGGUCGAGCUAAAUAAGCUAAAGGUGUUGAAUCUCUUUAUUUAUAGUUGUUCUGUAAGAAUGUAAAUAAAUAUAAAAGGUAAUUUCUCUGGUCUUCUUUUCUUCUUAA